CCAGACGAUGCACCUCGGUAACUUAUCUCUGCGUCGGACCUGCAGCACAAAUGAGAGACCCUGAACAACAACGGUCAGCUUGAUAAACAGGUAAUGGAUCCAGAGUGACUAUUUCAACAACUUCCUGUCCAGUUGGCCCGUCCACAUCUGUAGCUAUGGAAACUUGUCCCAGAGGCUGCACCCCAGCGGUGCGCUUUUGUCAGAAACUGAACCGACUCAAGACAUUGGAUGAUGACAUGAUGGCCACGUCGCUGAAACGCUGCCUCUCCACCCUGGACCUGACUAUGUUGGGAGUCGGUGGCAUGGUGGGCUCUGGGCUCUAUGUCCUGACAGGAACAGUGGCUAAAGACAUAGUGGGACCUGCUGUCAUCAUAUCCUUCAUUAUUGCAGGUUUUGCCUCUCUACUUGCCGCCUUUUGUUAUGCAGAGUUUGGAGCACGCAUUCCAAAAACAGGAUCAGCCUACAUGUUUACCUAUGUAUCCGUGGGAGAGGUCUGGGCCUUCCUCAUUGGUUGGAAUGUGAUUCUGGAAAAUAUGAUUGGAGGUGCCGCUGUGGCACGUGCCUGGAGUGGCUAUCUGGACUCCAUUUUUAACCACGCCAUCCAGAACUUCACAGAGACACACAUUAUGCAGUGGAACGUGCCCUUCCUUGCCCAUUACCCCGACCUCCUUGCAGCAGGGAUUCUAAUAGUUGCCUCAUUCUUCAUUUCCUUUGGAGUUCAAGUGUCCUCUUACCUCAAUCACAUCUUCUCCACUAUUAGCAUGUGUGUCAUCAUUUUCAUCCUGAUAUUUGGCUUUAUUCUGGCUGAACCAGCCAAUUGGAGCCAGAAAGAAGGGGGUUUUACACCUUUCGGGCUAUCUGGAAUACUGGCCGGCUCAGCCACAUGCUUUUACGCAUUUGUGGGCUUUGAUGUAAUUGCAUCUUCAAGUGAAGAGGCAAAGAACCCACAGAAAGCCGUUCCCAUUGCCACUGCGAUCUCCCUUGGAUUGGCAGCUGCAGCUUACAUCCUGGUCUCCAUGGUGCUCACACUGAUGGUACCCUGGCAUACGCUGGACCCCAACUCAGCUCUGGCAGAUGCUUUCUUCCGCCGGGGUUACAGUUGGGCUGGAGUUAUUGUGGCAAUAGGUUCCAUCUGUGCCAUGAACACUGUGCUGCUCUGUAAUCUCUUCUCCCUCCCUCGGAUUGUGUACGCCAUGGCAGAGGAUGGGUUGUUUUUCUCCAUUUUCGCACGAGUCAAUCCCAUCACCAAAGUCCCUGUCAAUGCUAUAUUGGUGUUUGGGAUCCUCAUGGCCACCAUGGCUCUCGUCUUUGACCUGGAGGCAUUGGUUCAGUUCUUGUCCAUCGGCACCCUCCUGGCAUACACCUUUGUGGCAGCCAGUGUCAUUGUGCUGCGUUUCCAGCCUGACAAAACCAGCUCCAAGGGAACUGCUUCCACAUCCCCCAACCCUAAUUCAGAGCUUUCAGAUGCCCCCUCGGAGUCUCAGACCAUAAACGAGGACAGUGGGGAGCUGAAGCAGUAUGAGUCGUUCUCCGACAAACUCCAGUUGGUAGAGAGACAGGUGACAACGGAGCGGCGUGGGGUUGGACAGCUGAAGUCCUUCUGGGAACCGUACCUGGGCAAACUGCUGGGGGGCUGCGAGCCGGGCGAGGUGGUGGGUUACUGCGUGCUGACUGUUAUAGUGAGCUCAGUCUCCCUCUGUGCGGUGGCAGAAUUUGGAACCAAACAGCUGCAUCUGCCGAUCUGGAGCUUCACAAUGCUGCUGGUGAUUUUCAGCUUAGUUUAUGUUCUCAGCCUGGCACUCAUUUGGUUUCACGAGCCACAGACCAGCAGCAAAACAUUCCAGGUACCCCUGGUUCCAUUGACUCCAGCUGCAAGUAUUCUCAUUAAUAUAUUCCUCAUGAUGAAGCUCAGCUAUCUGACCUGGAUUCGUUUCACCGUAUGGAUCGCUAUAGGUCUCUUUGUGUAUUUUGGCUAUGGAAUCUGGCACAGUAAGGAAGGAAUGCGGGAGCUGCAGCCCAAAGACAUGGCUGCCCGGUACGUGGUGCUACCCAGCGGCAGCCUGGUAGAGACGGUGCAGUCUGUCCAGCCCGAAGGACAAUUGGACACAUCGGCGCCCGACAUCAACCCCGCGUCGACAGCGGAGGAGUACGCAGAAAAUAGAUGA